AAUCGCCCCACCAGUCAGCGGCUCGUAACGUGCGAGGCUGCGCUUACUCCCUUCCUUUCGGCUUUUCUCCCUCUCUGCGUGCGCAAUGUGCUCAUGAGGACACCGUAAAGUGUUAAAUGUUUGAAAUACAAAACCGCCGAAUUUCACAUGCUGAAAAAGGACUCCGCUACUCGUGCGCGCGGCACUGCUGUGUCUGUGCAAUAGACUCGGCAAAGAAAAACUCCUCUCACACGCCUGCAAGUCCGCGGCUGCAGAAAGGACGCUGAAAACCUUCUUUUUUUCAUCCAGUUUCAAGACAAACGUUUAAAAAUCAAACUGGCUCACGUUCUUCCCAACCAGCCCAGUUUGACAGCUGCGCUUCACCCCGUUUGGAGGACUGUCAGCAGCAAGAGGAUGGCAUCAGAGCUGGCAAUGAGCAACUCCGACCUGCCCACCAGUCCCCUGGCCAUGGAAUAUGUUAAUGACUUCGAUCUGAUGAAGUUUGAAGUGAAAAAGGAGCCGGUGGAGCCCGAUCGCAACAUCAGCCAGUGCAGUCGCCUUAUCGCCGGGGGAUCCUUGUCUUCCACCCCGAUGAGCACGCCGUGCAGCUCGGUGCCCCCUUCCCCAAGCUUCUCGGCACCCAGUCCGGGCUCCGGGAGCGAGCAGAAGACACACAUAGAGGAUUUCUACUGGAUGUCCGGUUACCAACAGCAGUUGAAUCCAGAGGCGCUGGGCUUCAGCCCCGAAGACGCGGUCGAGGCGCUGAUCAACAGCAGUCACCAGCUCCAGUCCUUCGAUGGCUACGCCAGGGGACAGCAGUUUGCUGGCGCAGCCGGAGCAGGAGGCACCAUGGCCGGGGAAGAGAUGGGGUCCGCCGCGGCGGUGGUGUCGGCAGUCAUCGCUGCGGCAGCCGCUCAGAACGGAGGGCAGCACCACCACCACCACCAUCACCACCACAGCAGCAGCCACCACCAGACACCCGGCGCCCAGUCCAACGGCUCUUCUGGGACAAUUCACCCACACAUGCGCCUGGAGGAGCGGUUUUCUGACGACCAGCUGGUCACCAUGUCAGUGCGGGAGCUCAACCGGCAACUACGGGGGGUCAGCAAGGAAGAAGUGAUCCGAUUGAAACAGAAGAGGAGGACCCUAAAGAACAGAGGCUACGCUCAGUCCUGCCGGUACAAGCGGGUCCAGCAGCGGCACGUCCUGGAGGGAGAGAAGACGCAACUUAUACAGCAGGUCGAUCACCUAAAGCAGGAGAUCUCCAGGCUGGUCCGGGAGAGGGACGCGUACAAAGAAAAGUAUGAGAAGCUCAUCAGCAACGGCUUCAGAGAAAAUGGAUCCAGCAGCGACAACAACCCUUCAUCCCCGGAGUUUUUCAUGUGAGUCUCGACAUUAUCGUGAAAAAAAAAAGAAUAUCAGAUGAGUUACUCACCCCCGCUUACAAAAGUUUUCAUUAUGAAACUUUUUUUUCUUUUUUUUUCAUUUGGCGCAAAUGCCUUCUAGACCAAGAACUCAUUUGGCAACUUUUUGAUUUUUUUUCAUUUUAUACAUUUUUUUUAAAAAAACAGAGUUUGCUCAAGCCUGCGACUGUUUUUUAGAUUUGGAGGGCUUUGUCACCCGCGUUUUUUAAUUUUGGAAAGGCAUAUUCAGAAAACUUUGAUCUACUUUUUCGCUAUCAUACUCAUAGUAUAUUACGCAUAGCCUGACUGUCAGGACCUUUUUCAUCGUUGUUCAUUAGAUUUGCAGUGUUUGAGUAAAAUAUGAUUUUUGAAAGUUGAUCCAACUUUAUGCCGCAGUGUACGGAGUGUGCAUGCAAGCACAAAGUAGGCCUAUGCUCCUCUGAAGUUCAUCAACUUGCCCUAUUUUUCAUCAUCUUGCCUUUAAUUCAGUGUACAGAUCCCUGUCCAACCUGCAUCCAUCGACAAUAUGUUUUUGGUCUUUUUUUACUUUUUUUUUGUCUGCCAAACUUGGAGGAUUGCGAGCCUGCCGUUUGACGCCACCUCAUCUCAUGCGUUUGCUUGUUAUUGUGUUGAGCAACAAAAGACUAUAUUCAUUACAAACUAUUCAUUGUUUUUAAAGAGAUGUGUUAUUGAACUGCCCUGCAUGCUGGACAUGUAUGGUUUUUCUUUUCUUUUUUUUUCCUUUCUGUGCUUGAAGAUGUCCUUUUUUUGUCGGAUGACUCCAGCAUGGCAUUCAUACUUCAUUUAUGGCCUCCUCACUUUUUUGGGACUGCAACAAAAAAGUGACAGGACUUCCCACCCCCUGAAAUCUAUACAAGUGCAUUUCAGCUGCGUUGAGGUGCACCACCACCGGCUGUCAUUAGGCUGCAGUGAAUGCGCUCCGCAUUCCUGAUGGAAGCUGAUCGGCGGGGAUCCUGGUGCGGGGGGGGCAGUCCCUUCCCCUGGAAGUUUAGUCUGUUGCUUAAAGCCUAUAUUGUUAUUUAAAGAUAUUCCAUUCUGCAUUUGACACCCUCUGAAUCAUUUUUAAAGUGUAAUUUAAGUAAGUAUGCAAGUUGCAAGCGAUAACGUGCUACAGGUUGAAGCAUAUAGAUGACUCGGAGAAUUAAUACGGAGACUGCUGCACAAAAGUGUUUUAACAUCGGUGCAGAGAAAUUGGCUCGGCUCCAGUUUGCACAGCGAGCAGCGCUGCGCAGCGCACAAGCGGCGCUUUUGCAGCAUGUGCUUCAGACAGAGGCGUGAGAGCUCCCCCGCUCCCCGCCGCACGUUUCAUGAUUACAUUUCAAAAAGGUAUUGCUGGACGAGGCCAAAGUUAAUCGCAGCGCUCUUGGAAAUGUGUGUCUUCAACGAACUGAGGUAUUCUGGACUGAAAUGCACGAAAAAAGAAAGAAAGAAACAAAAAUCUCGCCUGUCAUAAAUGUGGAAGUGAAAGGAAAAGUUGGUGUUCUGCACACCUCGAGAAGAUGAGUUUGGCUUUCUGUUACGACCUAAUCGUAACAUUUUCACACUUUAUUAUCAGUUCAGGAGAGACUGUUGUUUUGUCUUAAACGAACUCAAUAUUUGCAAAGCAAUAACAAUUAUUAUAAUCAAUAAUGUCUGGACAUUGUUAGAUCGUCAGGGAUUGACACCCUGCAUGUACAAAAAUGAGGGAGCACCAUUCGCCAAUAAAUCUUGAAAAUAUGUUAAUUAAUCUUUCAUCUUAUAUAUAGUAUAUAUAUAUAUAUUUUGCUGUGCAAAAUUAUUUCACUCACUAACCAUAUGUGAUGUUCAUAUGUGCUCGUUUUUUUCAUUUCAUACAAUUAAAUGAUAUGCAAUAAAUGUAUGUAAUUG